GAAGGCAUUGCUCGGAUAUGCUCGGAUUGGUUCUUUAGGGUGAAAAUCUAGAUUCCGACCUCGUGUGGUUGGAUGCGGUGACGGCGACGCUUAAGCGUCGCUUCCGUCGUAAAGGCAUUGUUGUUGAAGAAUCUCGUCGUCGGUGUGAUGUCAUGAGGUGGUUGGUGCGGAUAUGGUAAUUUAUGUAGUUUGCAGAUCACGGAUCAGAUUGCUUUGGUUUUUUUUCCUAGCCUAUGCAUAGUUUUGGUCUUGUAUGAUUUUACUAUGAGUGUGUGUGUGUUUUUGUACGUUUGUAAUGGUUGUGUGCAUCUUAACUAUAUAGAGACCGGUUAUGUGCUCAUUAUGUUUUGUAUUAUUUUGAUGCUUCAUUUUACGCAAAUAAAAUCCAUCAUUUAUCAAAAAUGUGGAUAAACCACCACCAAUCGUCGGAGUGGCACGGUGUGGCUGGUGCACACACCGGGGUAUUAUUACAUGCGUAUGCAGUAUGCUACUCCCUCCGUUCCAAAUUACUCGUCGUGGUUUUAGUUUAAAUUGAACUAAAACCACGACGAGUAAUUUGAAACGGAGGGAGUAGCUACUAGAAAUCACACUAGUUUGAAACUUAAACUGACCGUGCAGCUAAUUAGAAAGAGCAGGCUAGCUAGCUUUUCACUGCCCCGUAUGCAUGUGCGCGUGCUACGUUCAUUCACGUUUUUGUCAACCUGCAAAGAAACUGAGUGUGCCACCUCGUUGCCAAAGAGGGUAUGGGUGCUUCGCGGACGCAACUUCGCGGUAGUUUCCUUUCUCACUGCCAUUGCCAUGAGAUGAACCGGACUCUCCUCCCUGUGUGUGUGUGUGUGUGUGUGUGUGUGUGUGUGCAGCUCAGGCCGCGGCUGCUCGACACGUAGUGGGUGUUGAGGCAGGCCCACGCCGAUCGAGUUGCUUUGCUUCUCUCUCGCUGCUGCUGCGCUCCUCGCGGCUCGGGCACUUAAGCAGGAGCCGCUCCACCACUAGCGUGGUCGUUGCGCUCUGUAGUUGUUGCUCGAGCCCCUUCAGAAGGAACCACACCAAGCUAGCAAGCUAGGAAGAACCUCCCUCCCGUGCAUCUGACCAGCAAGUGACGGUGAGUCCCCUCCAUCUGCGGCCGUCCUGCUAUUCUUUCCUUCUUCCUCUUCUUCUUCUUUUUCUUCUUUCAUGUUGAAUGGGGACAUGAAAUUAGAGAAGAGGAACCUAACCAUAAGUUGUUGCUGAUCUCAUGAUCUCCUCCUACUGCUACUCCUACCUAGCUUGGAUCGAUGUCCAUGGACGGCAAGACCCCUGAUCUGUUGGGUGAAUAAGCCGCGGCGGUGCACUGGGCUCGACUGGCGUGUGUAUGGGCGCGAGCCGGACGCGUCGGGUGCACCGGGUCCGCGGGGUUGGUGUGUGUGUGUGUACGUGUGGUGCACGGGGUGACCGUGCGGGUAGACACCGUGCAUGUGUGUGUGUGUAGACUAGGUCAGGACAUGAUCCGAGCGCAGCGGGGGCGCGUGAUCGUUGAGGGCUCGGCGCAGGGCGCGCGCGCGGAGCGCGUCGCGGGGCGUGCAGAGCGGGCCGAUCAGAGCGCGCGAGUGGGCAGGAGCGAGUGGGUCGUUGCCCAGCUUAGCCCGCGUAUAAAGCUCACGGAGGUGAUCAUUGUACUGGGUGGUGUGUGCUGAGUUCGAGCUCAGGGAAAUUGGCGUUGUUGCGCCGGGAAAAACCACCGUGUCUCCGUGUCCUUCUUCCUCUUCUGAUCUUCUUCUUCUCGUUGGUUCGAGCCACGGCGUCACAGAGAGAGUAGAGAGCUAGGGCGAGGGCAUAGCCACGGCAACAACAGUUGGCAUCAGAGCCACGUUCUGGUCAGGGCGCGCCGGCGAUGUCGAUCGUCCCGUACGCUGGCGGAACAGGCGGGUCGCUGGCGGAACAGGCGGGUCGCUGCCGCAGUCGGUGCCACUGCUCACCGGCGACAACUACACGACAUGGUCGAUCAAGGUGGAGGCGAACCUUGAUGCGGCCGGGCUGUGGGAGGCGGUGGUGGUGCCGGAGGACGCGGUGGCGGCCGUCAUCGCGAAGAAGGACAAGCCUGCGCGCGCCUACCUGCUCGGUGCACUCGCCGAGGACCUUCUGCUGCAGGUCGCGUCGAAGAAGACGGCGGCCGAGGUGUGGGCGAGUUUGAAGGCCAGGUUUGUGGGCGCGGACCGCGUGCGCGCGGCGCGGCUCGGCACGGUCCGGGGGGAAUUUGAGCUCCUGCGCAUGGCGGAGUCACAGUCCCUGGACGCGUUCGCCGGGAGGCUUGGUGGCAUGGCGGCGCGCUACGCGGCGCUGGGCUCGACCCUGGAGGACGCGGCGCUUGUCAAGAAGCUGCUCGACUCGGUGCCGAACCGUUUGUACGCGGCGGUGGCAGGGAUCGAGCAGUUCUGCGACGUCGGCACGAUGCUGUUCGAGGACGCGUUGGGGCGGCUGAAGGCAUUUGACGAGCGGCUGCGGCGACGCGAUCAGGCAGGCGGCGAGGGCGCGGACGGGCAGCUGCUGUACACCGCGGCACAGUGGCGUGCGCGCGAGCGGCGUCGGAGCGGUGCACGCGGAGACGACGACGACGACGUGCGCAGCGAGGCGUCGCGCUUCGGCGGGAACCGGCGCGGUCGCUGCUACAAGUGCGGCGAACGGGGGCAUUUCAAGCGCGAGUGCCCGCAGCUCAAGAAGGCGCCGGCGGCGGAGCGAGCCCUGCUCGUGGACGAUGUCGAGGACGCCGGGCUGCUCUGAGCCGCGGCUUAGGGCGCGAGUGUUGGGUGAAUAAGCCGCGGCGGUGCACUGGGCUCGACUGGCGUGUGUAUGGGCGCGAGCCGGACGCGUCGGGGGCACCGGGUCCGCGGGGUUGGUGUGCGUGUGUGUACGUGUGGUGCACGGGGUGACCGUGCGGGUAGACACCGUGCAUGUGUGUGUGUAGACUAGGUCAGGACGUGAUCCGAGCGCAGCGGGGGCGCGUGAUCGUUGAGGGCUCGGCGCAGGGCGCGCGCGCGGAGCGCAUCGCGGGGCGUGCAGAGCGGGCUGAUCAGAGCGCGCGAGUGGGCAGGAGCGAGUGGGUCGUUGCCCAGCUUAGCCCGCGUAUAAAGCUCACGGAGGUGAUCAUUGUACUGGGUGGUGUGUGCUGAGUUCGAGCUCAGGGAAAUUGGCGUUGUUGCGCCGGGAAAAACCACCGUGUCUCCGUGUCCUUCUUCCUCCUCUGAUCUUCUUCUUCUCGUUGGUUCGAGCCACGGCGUCAGAGAGAGAGUAGAGAGCUAGGGCGAGGGCAUAGCCACGGCAGCAACAUGAUCUGCUGCCUCUGAGCGCGGCCAAGAAGAAGAUCCGCGAUGGCGUCCCGCUGGUCUGCGCAUGGGCGCUCAUCAACACCUUCAGCACAGCAGUCAGCUACGUAGCCGUCGACUACAUCCCCGUCUCGUGCAGCCAGUCCUCCUUCAUUCUGCCGUGCAUAGAGCUGACGGACGCGGAGGAAGCCAGAGUAAUCGCCCUCUCCAUCGGGAUGCUGUGCUGCGCCCCAUUACAGGCGGCCGCCGCGGCGCUGGCGCUGCUGCUCCCAUGCCGCCGUCGCUCUGCCCGCCGUGCCCUCGUCUACCUCGCGCUCGCGGUCACCGUCCUCUUCCAUUGCAUGAGCGCCAGCACCGUCUGGAUCUUCCUCGCCGCCGACCCAGGAUACAUCUUCG